ACUAUGGAGAGACAGAGAGAGAGCGCGCCAAGCCAGGGAGAAAGAAAGAGGAUUGGGGAAUCUGUGGAUAAGGCUCAGCUCACGACACUUGUCAAUCUUUUACCAUCCGCACCGAAUAUAUCUUCUUUUGACUUCAAGCCCAACUUAAGGCCCAUUACAGAAUAUCUGAAACCGGUCGUAUUUCAAGCGGCUGAUCGGUGCUUUCGUCUUCCCCGGCCAAAUUGCAUCGGCGGGAACAAAACGAAAGGUACAACUUUGAUCUCAAAAGCAACAAAAAUGGAGGUUAUCGACCAAUGGGUUGCCGAAUUUUUCAUCCGUCGCCAACACAAUACGAGGGUUUCUCCAAUUAACCUGCUUUCGGCGCUGAAGUUUGGAGAUUCCUCCGACUGUCUAAAGCUCAAGAUAUCUUCUGUUUUGCGGGACAUCUCCAAUUCCUUGAACCGAGGUAUGUUAGACGAGGGAACGCUUGACCUACUCGAGAUUCUUGAGAAGCUUCUGUUGCAGCAGCGUUCGCUAAUCAUGGAGUCUCACAAGUCUGCUUAUUGCUGGACGGCUGCUGAGUGCACGCUUAGAUUCAUGUGGCCAUUGUCUGCUUCGGAUGGCUUAUUCACCGAUGCCCUUGAGAAGAUAUGGACGAAGCGGAUUGGGAUUUUGAAGGAGAGUGGGAGCGAUUUGGUGACCCAUGACUUGUUAAAAUGGGAGACUGAUCUGAAGAAGGCCCUUGAGGAUCCUGAGCUCUAUCAGCGGAUUCGAGAAACUAACAUUAGGUACACUGCCAUCUCCUUCCUCACUCAGCUUCUCAAAGAGCAAUGGGCACUACUUGGGAACUCCUCUCUUGAAUCAGUAGCCCAAAGGAGGUUUCUUAAGCGUAAGGCUGAUAACAACGUAGAGGGCGAUUGUGUUGACAACAGAAGCGAUCCAAAUGCUGUUGAUGAAAGCACGAGGCGUUUGGAGAAUGACACCAUUGAUAAUGUCAACGAGCGGCGUGGAACCGGUGAAGGGGAGGACGGAAAUGGGAACAAUAGAGAUAUUGAAGGAGCGGGAUGUCUGGAGAAUGAUGAGAUUGAUAAGGUGAAUGAACAACAUGCAGCAGACGAGGAGCAGACAAUGAGUGCACAAGAACAGGAACAUGAGCCAAGUCUUGACAAAGGGGAUAAAAUGGCUGCUCGAGAGCUGAAGGAUUAUUUGUUAGAGAUUCAAAGACACAUCGACCCUUCCACUAGGCAAGAUCAAGAACCUAACAAUGCAAUCAAUCGUUCGGUAGAUGUCACUCCUCAGCCUGCUCGGGUUAAUAGGAGUGGAACAGGCGUUCAAGACCAUAACGAAGUAAGGCAACAGGAUAAUGUAAUUGCGAGGGGUUCGGGUAUUCAGGAAACAUGGUCUGGCAGAAUUCGGCCUCGUCUACCAACCCCUGUACCUCUGAAUGUAUCCCCGUUGAAGAAUGUAAAUUCCCCUGUCAGAAGGCGAAAAAAAUUCUGGACGCCUGAAGAAGAGAAAGCUCUGAGGGAAGGAGUGAAAGAGUAUGGUAAAUCAUGGAAAGAUAUAAAGAAUGCAAACCCUGCAGUAUUAGGGGAGAGGACAGAGGUGGAUUUGAAGGAUAAAUGGAGGAACUUAGUUCGGUAGAGGUAUCAUCAUUUGGGAAUCUUUUGCAAUGAGUCUUGAAUUGCUGUGGAGUUGUCUGUGUGACAUAUCAACUGUGGAGAAGAUGGUGGAGAAAGCGUCUUUCACAUUUUGUGUGGUGAAUGAACCCUGAACUCCUUGAGGGCUGGAGGAUGUCGCCGCCAACGAAGAAAAUGUUCAACGGUGACGUCACUGUCACUCUAUUCUCUUCUAUUCUCGUCAUGUUCCCCACUUCUGUUCUGACUAUUUCCAUUUUUGUUAAUUUUAAUAUUUUGGAUGUUUCUUCUGUCCACCAAAUUAUAUAAUAAUUGGGUCGAUUGAAUCGUGCAGUCUCCUCAAGCAACAAAACUCUUUCCUCCCCAGCAUCAAACUCUUAUCCUCUUUGCUAUUGUGUUUGUGGUUCCAAAAAAUAAGUCAGGGCAUAUUCUUUUCCCUCGUAGCCUAUUUAGCCAUGUGUCUUUUUCAAUGUGGUACACAUUUGAUGAUUUUUUUAAAGCUUGGUUUGAGUAUCUUUUGUUGGCACCUAAGAUUUGUCAAAGUUUGGAUUUUCAGAACAAAUAUAUAUAUAUAUAUAUAUAUAUAUUACAAUUGGGUCAAUAAAAAGAAACAUAUUAUUUUCUAUAAUAUAUGUGAUGCAAGCAAGGCUGAGGCUUGUCUUUAUUCAUUCUAUUACCAAUGGGUGGUUGAGGCCAAAAACUGUUCAUUUAACAAGAGGCCAAAGACUGUUCAUUCAACAUAUUAUCUACUGACGCUUCUUUGUUUAAGUAGAAGAAGAAGUAAGACGACUUUUGUUUCACCAGAGAUAUUUCUCAUUCAUAAAAACGAAAGCGUCUCGUCUCAAACAUUUCUGGGAUUAUCAGCCGAGUUUUGGGCAACCAUGAACAGGGAUCAAGUUUUAGAGUAUGUCGAAACGGAUCCGACUGGUCGCUACGGACGUUUUGCAGAAGUUCUUGGAAGAGGAGCGAUGAAGACAGUAUACAAAGCAAUCGAUGAGAUGCUGGGAAUAGAAGUAGCGUGGAGCCAGGUGAAGCUAAAAGAGGUUCUGCGUUCCUCUGUUGAUCUACAGAGGCUCUACUCCGAGGUUCAUCUUCUCAGCACUCUCAACCACAAAUCUAUCAUUCGUUUCUACACUUCGUGGAUCGAUGUUCAUUCCCAUACUCUCAACUUCAUCACCGAACUGUUCACUUCUGGGACCCUCCGACAGUA